UUGAACCAAUGGCAAGUGGAACAAAAUAAAAACAUCUGUAGAUUGUAGGUUAAAUUGUUUUAUAAUAACAAAUGCAGAUAGUUUUCAAUUAAGAUGAGCAACCUGCUAAAUUUUGCCUUACGUCAUGGCGUCACUGCUAUUAAGCGCCUUAGCCUGCCUAGUUUAAGACUGACAGUUCCGGCUAUAGUUACCAAAUCGCCGGUUAGUUCCACGAUAAAGAGGUUCUCCUCCCAAACAGCCCCCUUCGAUGUGAGCACCAGCGUGCCCAAGGACGUAAUACUCUUUAAAUAUGAGAAUCCGCGCUUCUACCAGAUGCUGAACUUUUUCGGCGUCUGCCAGUUUGUUUUCUGGACAUAUCUGUCGCAUUUUGCCUUUACCACGCUGAAGGAUGCUCCGGUGGUGGAGAAACCAGGAGAGGAUCUAAAGUGGUUCCAGCGCAUAAAUUUGGGCGAUAAUAAGUACAGAAAUGGGAUCACAGCUUGCAGCUUUCUGAUAGGAUAUGGUAUUCUGUUCGCUGUCUGGAUGUUUACACUUCGUUCGGUGCGUUUUCUCAUCUUGCGGAAGGGAGGUCAAAGUGUUUCCUUUGUGACCUAUGGUCCUUUCAACCGCAAUCGUAUUAUGACAGUGCCCCUGAAAUGUGUUUCCGCCGAGGAAUCACGGAAUCUGGCCAGGGUGCAACUGCCCAUUAAGGUCAAAGGCAAAACCCUCUACUAUGUACUGGAUAUGCGUGGCGAGUUCCGGAAUCCCCAAUUGUUCGACUAUACGGCGGGCUUGAAGCGCCGCAUUUAAAAGCGUAGUUGUGUUAUUUUGUAACUUAUUAUUUGUAAAUAAAGAUGUACACUAAUUAAAAUUAAA